AUGACGCUCAAAAUCCCGGCAUCAUUCAUUUCUGUCGAAAGUCGAAAUGUCUCGCGCGCGCGCGCUUCCGCGCUCGGCGUCCAGCUCCGAAGCAGCGCGGGUUCGUGUCGGACAAGCAGGUGGAAACGUGCCGGGAAGGUUGUUGACGUCAUCUGGAAUUCAGAACGCCACUGCACCCAAAUGGCGCCUCACCUGUUCACCGCAGCGUGCCUUCUCUUUGCCAGGAUCCUAAUAACACAGCAGACUCACAUGAGUUCCUUGUAUACGUUUCUUUUCACUCCGCGUGGGCCUCAGAUGUUUCCGUGCCUGACUUACUUGGAGAGGAACGUCAGGGUCGACUGUGAGUUUCCCGCCACCGACGAGAUACCGGGCCCCUACUGCGAGUAUCGUCAGGACAGCAGGCUGGUGGGCAGCACCUACCCCAACGCCGUCAUCUACGUGUCCACCGAGGACCGCAGGAGGAGCAACGUCAGCCUGUUCGCCCCGAACCUGUGCCGCCUCACCUGGGCGCCGAUGGCCGACGAGAAGCCUUACACGUACACGUGCAGGGUUUACCGAGGCGCCGGCUGGAAGGAGAACAGCAUGGCCGUGCAUCACCGGAUUCUACCGAUCUGCUCGGCUCUCAGCGUCACGUUUGAAUCGGCGCCGUGGCUUUUGUCUACGCUGAUGUCACUUCCCGCGGCGAUGGGUCUUCUGAACCCGUGAGCUCUCCCCGAUGACCCGACGGACCUGAUUUGCGACUCACUUUAACGGCGAGCUCAAUUUGAGAACAUUUUCGUGGUUUUUUUUUUUUUUCACGCGCCGAAUAGCUGCAGCAUGUACAAUUAGCGGCCGCCUGCACAGCGCCGAUGCAAUCCCAGUAUCACAAAAAGGAAAACCCCGCUGAUAGUGCUGAUCCACACAUGAGGGAUCAUCAGAAAGUCGAUUCAGAAAUGUUGACAAAGCAUAUUAGGGUCUUAGGUGUACCUAAUCAAGUGUCCAGUGAGUGUAUUUGCAUGCCUUCGCGUGAGAGCCUCACGCCUUUCCGAAGACGUGAGGAGCUUCCCUUUCCUUUUGAAUAUUCACCCGUGACGUCUUGGAAGUCUCUUUGCUAAGCUGCCGUUUCAAAUGUAUACUGGGGGUCGGGGGCUUUUUCGCACACACACAAAACAACACAAAGACAAAAACAGUACAAGUCACUGGGAAAGGAAAAAGUGGGAAUUGCCUUUUUAUUCAUCAUCUUGUGAUGUUUCAUAAUGGCAUGAAAGUACUCUGCUCGUCUAAUACUAUUUAAAUAGAGGACAAAAUGGCUUCGAAAAUAAUCAUUUGUAGUUACGUUCACAUGAAUUUGUGGCUUCUUUUUUUAUGCUAUGAUUUUCAGGCUCACUGCUGUGACUAUUAUUUCCACAGAAGCACUUUGAAUCGAGGUAGCGUGUGUUUCUUUGAAACAGCUUUAUUUAACUCUGUUAGACAGUAUUACCAAAUGUCUGCAAAAUGCUAUAACAAAGUUAAAGCAAUAAAGGCGUAA